AUGUUGCCUGAAUUUGAGAGGAGACCAAUGCUAAACAAUGAAAAUUCCUUUGGAGAUGAGUUGGAGAAGGAGAUUGGUUUCUUGCUUCUUGAACAGCGGCACCAAGAUGCUGAUGAACGUGAAAAGGAACUGAAUAUGUAUAGGAGUGGAUCAGCUCCCCCUACCGUCGAGGGUUCCUUGAAGGCAAUCGAUGGUUUGUAUAAACGCGGUGAUGUUAGUGGUGGCAGCAGUGGUGGAAUAGCCUUCCCUGAAAUUGCUAGGAAUAAGAGCGGUAAUGGGUUCAUGACAGAUGAGGAACUUAGGUCCGAUCCGGCAUAUUCAUCUUACUAUUACUCAAAUGCCAAUAUGAACCCAAGGCUGCCGCCACCUCUGUUAUCCAAGGAGGAUUGGCGGUCUGCUCAGAGGUUACAAGGAGGGGGUUCUGCAAUUGGGGAUAGAAGGAAGGUUAAUAGGAGUGAUAGUAGUGGCGGUGGUGGCGGGAGAUUGCAGUUUACAAUGCCACCGGGGUUCAAUUCUAAGAAGUCAGAUAGUGAGAAUGAGAUGGAUAAAGCUAAUGGUACUGUGGAGUGGGGUGGUGAUGGGCUGAUUGGUUUGCCUGGAUUAGGACUAGGUGGCAAACAGAAGAGCCUGGCUGAAAUAUUUCAGGAUGACUUGAACCGUGCACCUCCUGUAUCUGGACACCCUUCACGCCCCGCAAGCUGUAAUGUGUUUGAUGAGAAUGCUGACACCAUAGCUUCAGCAGAAUAUGAGCUGGCUCACAUCCGUCAAGAUUUGGCAGCUUCAGACUUGUUGCGCUCUACUUCGAAUAUUCAGAGCUCAUCUGCUGUUCAACAUGUCGGACCACCUACAUCAUAUUCUUAUGCUGCUGCUUUGGGUGCUUCCUUGUCUAGAAGCUCCACACCUGAUCCACAGCACAUUGCGAGGGCUCCUAGCCCUUGCCUUACCCCUAUUGGAGGAGGUAGGGCAGGCAUUUCAGAAAAGAGAAGCAUUAACAGUCCCAGUUCGUAUGAUGCCAUAUGUUCCCAAACAAAUGGGUCUGUAGAUCUGGUAGCUGCUUUGUCAGACUUGAACCUUUCAAAUGGUGUGCUAGAUGAGGACAAUUAUUUGCCUUCUAGGAUUGAACAAGAUUUUGAUGACCAUAAAAAUUACCCAUUCAGUCUUCCGGGUGUGCAGAAUAACACGAAGCAGCAUUCAUUUACAAAGAAAUCUGAAACUGGGCAGUUCAAUAUGGCUUCUGUACCUCAGUCAACGAAAAUGAUGCCUUCUGACCCUGGUUUGAGUGAUGGUGGUGAGUUGGACAUCAGCAACUCCUCCCUCCGAGCUGAGCUAUACAGAGCUGGUAUUUCUUCUAAUAAUUUGUACCUGAAAGGGUCUACUACUUCAGCUGUUAAUGGUGGGGGCAGCCUAGCCCCUCAAUAUCAGCAUUUGGAUAGUCCAAAUUUCUCAUAUUCAAGUUAUGGUUUAAGUGGCUAUCCCAUGAGUCCAAUAACAAGCCAACUUGGCAACUCUAAUCUGCCGCCUCUAUUUGAGAAUGCUGCUGCUGCAUCUGCUAUGGCUGUACCUGGGAUGCACUCAAGGAUGAUUGGGGGGCCAAAUCUAGGCACCGCUGCCUCUGAAGAGAACAUUGGCGGAAUGAGAAAUCAGAUUGCUGGUAGUGUGCUGCAGACACCUUUUGUUGAUACAGUGUAUCUUCAAUACUUGAGGACAGCUGAGUAUGCUGCAGCUCUUAGUGACCCUUCUGCAGAUAGAAGCUACAUGGGUAAUUCAUACACGGACUUGCUUCAGAAAGCUUAUCUUGGCACCCUAUUAUCCCCACAGAAAUCGCAAUAUGGUGUUCCAUUGGUUGGAAAGACCAGUGGUUCUAGUCCUUAUGGUUACUAUGGCAAUCCUGCAUUUGGCAUUGGGUUGUCGUAUCCGGGAAGUCCCCCUGUUAUUCCAAACUCUCCUGUAGGACCUGGUAGUCCCAUGCGGCAUGGAGAUUUCAACAUGAGAUUCACUGGUGGGGUGAGAAAUAUAGCUGGGGGUAUGAUGGGAUCCUGGCACUCGGACAACUUGGAGAAUAGAUUUUCUUCCUCUUUGCUGGAGGAGUUUAAGAGCAACAAAACCAAAUGUUUUGAACUUUCAGAGAUUUCGGGUCAUGUUGUUGAAUUUAGUGCUGAUCAGUAUGGAAGCCGGUUCAUACAACAAAAACUUGAAACGGCCACAGCAGAGGAGAAGCACAUGGUUUUCCAGGAAAUUUUUCCUCAAGCUCUUACUCUGAUGACUGAUGUGUUCGGUAAUUAUGUAAUCCAGAAGUUUUUUGAACAUGGAAUGGCAGCCCAGAGGAGAGAAUUAUGUAGCAAGCUUUUUGGGCAUGUACUUACACUUAGCCUUCAAAUGUAUGGUUGUCGGGUGAUACAGAAGGCUGUUGAAGUUGUUGAUGUGGAUCAGAAGAUUAAAAUGGUGGAAGAGCUUGAUGGACAUGUCAUGCGUUGUGUGCGUGAUCAAAAUGGUAACCAUGUCAUCCAGAAAUGCAUCGAAUGUAUUCCAGAGGAGCAUAUCCAGUUUAUUGUCUCGACAUUUAUUGACCAAGUCGUGACUCUAUCCACUCAUCCAUAUGGGUGUCGUGUGAUGCAGAGAGUAUUGGAGCACUGUCAGGACGUAAAAACCCAGUGUAAAGUGAUGGAAGAGAUUCUAGUGUCUGUAAACAUGUUGGCACAGGAUCAGUAUGGCAAUUACGUCAUUCAGCAUGUGCUGGAGCAUGGAAAGCCACACGAGAGAUCUACUAUAAUCCAGGAAUUGGCUGGGAAGAUAGUUCAAAUGAGCCAGCAAAAGUUUGCUUCAAAUGUUGUCGAGAAGUGUUUAACUUUUUGUGAUCCCCAUGAGCGGCAACUCCUGGUGAAUGAGAUGCUUGGAUCAACUGAUGAAAAUGAGCCUCUUCAGGCUAUGAUGAAAGAUCAAUUUGCGAAUUACGUUGUACAGAAAGUACUUGAAACUUGUAGUGAUCAAGAGCGUGAACUGAUACUGUCUAGAAUAAAAGUUCAUUUGAAUGCAUUAAAGAAAUACACUUAUGGGAAGCACAUCGUAGCUCGUGUAGAGAAACUUGUUGCUGCUGGGGAAAGGAGAAUUGCUCAAUCCCUUCUCUCCAUUUAG